CCUGGCAGGGCCGGGCCACGGGCUCUCGGCGGCGGAGCUGCACUUCCGAAAGCUGUCUUCUCUGGGGGUGCGUUCCGGGCUCUCGGCGGCGGAGCUGCACCUCCGAAAGCUGUCUUCUCUGGGGGUGCGUUCCGGGCUCUCGGCGGCGGAGCUGCACCUCCGAAAGCUGUCUUCUCUGGGGGUGCGUUCCGGGCUCUCGGCGGCGGAGCUGCACCUCCGAAAGCUGUCUUCUCUGGAGGUGCAUUCCGGGCUCUCGGCGGCGGAGCUGCACCUCCGAAAGCUGUCUUCUCUGGGGGUGCGUUCCGGGCUCUCGGCGGCGGAGCUGCACCUCCGAAAGCUGUCUUCUCUGGGGGUGCAUUCCGGGCUCUCGGCGGCGGAGCUGCACCUCCGAAAGCUGUCUUCUCUGGGGGUGCGUUCCGGGCUCUCGGCGGCGGAGCUGCACCUCCGAAAGCUGUCUUCUCUGGGGGUGCAUUCCGGGCUCUCGGCGGCGGAGCUGCACCUCCGAAAGCUGUCUUCUCUGGGGGUUGAUGUCAAGCGAUGGCACCUCCUUUGGCAAGAAGUGAGGCUGAUCUGUUCCCCGAUUUCCCCAGAGGGCCCCUGCAUGCUUACCGCGCACGCGCGUCCUUCUGCUGGAAGGAGCUGGCGCUGUUCUUGGAAGGAGAGGACAUUCUGCGCUUUAAGAAAACCAUCUUCUCAGCAUUGGAGAGCGACCCCCUCUUCGCCCGGCCCAGUGGACGCGAGCUCUCCAUGGAGAAGUACCGGGAGCUGAACUUCCUGCGCUGCAAGCGGCUCUUCGAGUUCGGCUUCCUCCGCAUGGACGAGCUGCUGCGGAGCCCUCUCGCGCUGCUGGCUCUCCUGCAGUGCCUGUGCAUGUACGACAGCUCGCUGGCCACCAAGGUCCUCCUGCACACGCUCGUUUUUGGAUCAGCGAUUUACAACUCUGGUUCUGAAAGACAUUUCAAGUACAUUCCCCCGAUCUUCACUAUGGAGAUUUUUGGGUGUUUUGCUCUGACUGAACUGAGUCACGGGAGUAACACCAAGGCCAUACGAACGACUGCUCACUACGACCCCGCCACCGAGGAAUUCAUCAUCCAUUCCCCCGACUUUGAAGCCGCCAAGUGUUGGGUCGGUAACAUGGGCAAGACGGCAACCCACGCGGUAGUGUUUGCCCAGCUGUGCAUGCCGGGGGGCCAGUGCCACGGCCUGCAUCCCUUCGUCGUGCAGAUCCGGGACCCGAAGACCUUGCUCCCCAUGCCUGGGGUGAUGCUGGGCGACAUGGGGAAGAAGCUCGGGCAGAACGGUCUGGAUAACGGGUUCGCCGUGUUCCACAAGGUCAGGGUUCCUCGCCAGGACCUCCUGAAUCAGACCGGAGACGUCACCCCCGAGGGCACCUACGUCACCCCCUUUAAGGACAACAGGCAGCGCUUGGGAGCGUCCCUGGGCAGCUUGUCCUCGGGCCGGGUCUGCAUCGUGACCGUAGCCGCCACUAACCUGAAACUGGCCAUGUGCAUAGCCCUUCGGUUCUCAGCCACGCGGCGUCAGUUUGGACCAGCGGAGGGCGAGGAGCUGCCGGUCCUCGAGUACCAACUGCAGCAGUGGCGCCUGCUCCCGUACCUGGCGGCCACCUACGCCUUGGACCACUUUGCCAAGUCGCUGUUCCUGGACCUGGUGGAGCUUCAGCAGAGCCUCCUGGGGCGCGGCCAGAGCGCCAGGAAGGUGGAGCUCGGCCGAGAGAUCCACGCCCUGGUGUCGGCCAGCAAGGCCCUGGCCACAUGGACAGCCCAGCGGGGGAUUCAGGAGUGCCGGGAAGCAUGUGGAGGGCACGGCUACCUGGCCAAGAACCGUCUGGGCAUUCUCAGAGAUGACAACGACCCGAACUGCACGUACGAGGGGGACAACAACGUUCUGCUACAGCAGACCAGCAACUACCUGCUCGACCUGCUGGCGGGCGGGGGCCCAGGUGGCCCCCGCUGCGAGAGCCCGCUGAAGAGCGUGAACUUCCUGCAAGCCUACCCCGCCAUCCUUGGCCAGAGGUUCGAGGUCACCAGCCUCCAGGACUGCUUGGACUCCUCAGUCCCGCUGGCGGCGUACGAGUGGCUGGUGUGCAGCCUGCUCCGGGAGACUCACCAGAAGCUGACCCAGGAGCGGAGCUCAGGGAGCAGUGACUUCGAAGCUCGAAACAACUCUCAGGUGUACUGUGGCCGCUCCCUGGCCCUGGCCUUCCUGGAACUCACCGUGGUGCGCAGAUUCCACGAGCACACGCACCGGCCCGACGUGCCGCCCCCACUGCAGGCCGUGCUGCGGCGGCUCAGUGCCCUCUACGGCCUGUGGUCCCUGAGCCAGCACACGGCCCUGCUGUACCGAGGUGGCUACUUCUCUGGCGAGCGAGCGGGUAAAAUGGUCGAGGACGCCAUCCUGCAGCUGUGCUCACAGCUGAAGGACGACGCGGUUGCCCUGGUGGACGUGCUGGCCCCUCCUGACUUUAUCCUGGACUCCCCGAUUGCCAGAGCCGACGGCGAGCUCUAUAAAAACCUCUGGGGGACCAUCCUUCAGGACAGCCAAGUGCUGGAGAGGGUGUCAUGGUGGCCGGAAUUCUGCACCAACAAGCCUGCCAUCGGGACCUUGAGCUCGAAGCUGUAGCUGCCUAGCGCGUCCCACUCAGUCCGACGAAGCCAGUGAAGACACGGACCUCAGAUCGCAGCACCCGCUUCCUGGUGCCACCGUGCCAGCCCAGGGGCCCUGGCCCGUCUGCGCCUCAAGUCUCACAGGGGGGCAGCCCGUUGGCUGUGUGAACGGAAAACCAACAGCUCACCUCUUCUUAACGGACCAUCGGCUUUUGACAAUGAGAACUUCACGCAUUCUAUUCUCACACGUGGAAAAUGAAGCCGACAGCUCAUGAUUGGGGUUUUGUGCUCAGCAGCCACUCGGCCGUCGCCGGGGGUGGACGCCGCCGGUCUGGUUCCUCAACGAUCUGGCUUUACCAUGUGGUCAAAUUCCAGCUGGACUGAUUUGCUCUGUAGACCACCAGAAUGACGCUGUUUCAGAGUCUUAAGGAA